AUGACCCAAAAAGCUUCUGAUUCCCUUAACCGGGAUAGAAUCAGUAACCUGCCAGAGCAUUUGAUUGGCUCAAUCCUAGAGCGUCUCGCUGUUCAAGAUGCCGUAAGGACAAGCGUUCUAUCGAAAAGGUGGAGGUACAAAUGGACUACAAUGACUUCGUUGGUCCUUGACGAGGAAUUCGCCAAAAAGAUUGUAAAAUAUGGAGCUUUCGGUCUUAAUGGGUUCAUAAGGAUCGUAAACCAAGUCUUGAUCCUUCACCCUCGCCCUAUAUCGAAAUUAACUCUCUAUAUACCAAAUAUGUUUCUUGAUAGCUUCCAAGAAGUGGAUCAAUGGAUGUUAUUCCUAUCAAGAAACGGUGUCAGGGAACUCGUCCUGAUUAAUGCGAAUUGGCUUUAUCUACUUCCAUCUCAUGUGUUUUCUUGCUCGGAAUUGAGAAACUUGAAACUCGCGAACUGUAUCUUCAAGUCGCCACUCGGGUUUGUAGGAUUUCCAUAUCUUGAAGAUGUUUUUCUCAGGAAUGUUGUUUUCGGGACUAACUUCAGUGGAGCUAUGGUCAAUCUACCACGACUUCGGAAGCUAACCUUGCACUCAUGCACACAUGUCUACAAUCUUGACAUCAAUGCUCCGAACCUGCAGUGUCUGUCUCUCGUCACCUGCCCUGAUGCCAUGUUGUGCCGGUUAGCGAAUAAUCCAAGCCUAACCGUGGUUGGUAUAACUCUACGGAGACCCUUAGAAAAUUUUCUACGAGUCGAAUACAUGAAUCUGGCCAGGUUGUUAAGUAUCUUGCGCAAUGUUCAACAGUUUUUCAUCGAUGGUCAUUUCAUCAAGUUUUUGAGUGCAGACAGAAUGCUGAAUCUGCUUCCUCAUGCAGACAAUAGCUUAAAUCGUUUGUGGUUUAUAAAUUUUCAACUUAAUGAUAUGGAACAACUUCUUAGUGCUCUUAGUUUGCUUCAGACCUCACCGAAUCUAGUAAGACUAUGUAUCGUGAAUGUGCCGAUGGAGCCUCAGAUCAUUCAAUAUGAUGAACAACAGGCUUUAAAUCAUUUGGGAUCUCGUAACUGCUUGCGUCGAACGUUGAAUCAGUUGCAAAUUGUGGACAUAAGAGGUUUAGAAGGAUCGAAAACUGAACUGCUUUUUAUAAAGCUGUUACUUGCUCAUUCCCCUUCUAUCAAUAAGAUGACUAUUCAGCCAAGUGCAGCUUGUGAUGCUUCUAAAAGGCUUAACAUCGCUAAGGACGUUAUGCGGUUCCCUCGAGCCUCACCAAGAGCAGAAAUCGUCUACUUGGAUCCCUAA